GCUUCAGUGUCAUUUGUAGGUCAGUGUGGUUUAGUUCGCGUUUGUUUGUUCGAUUUCUGUUGUGUGAGUUACGAAGUAUUUUCAAAUUAUCCAUCUGAGAAUUAUUUAUGGCAAGUGGUGAAGACCAACAUUUAACCUGCAUGUAGGGUUUCAAUGUUUUCAAGCCUGAGGUAGUUGAAAUGUGUUUGACCUAGUCGUAUCUCUUCCCUGGACCUAUGAAACUAUUGUUGACGUUGAUUAACCAUUUCUGAUUUGGAAACUGUGUUUACGUCUUAGUAUGGUGGGGAUCUAUUCUUCCAUACACUCAUUGUCUAACCUGUAAGUGCCGAUGUCAACCUCGAUAUAAGCUCUUAACGUUAAUAUCAUUUCAUAGCUGUAGCUGUUCCUGUAGAAAUGUAAUAUCUUAGUCCGCACUUCUAUCCAUUGGGAUUACAUUUAAAAGUCAGUGCCGUGGAAAUCAACAAGAAUAGGUUUCAACGAAUCGAUUUGUUCGGUAAUAAGUUGUUCUGCGUUCUUCAGAUUGGAGACGUUAUCAUAAUAUGUUUAAGUCCAUAAGAAUUUCGCCAACAGUUUUGCGUAAUAUUUAAUCUUCAUGGAUUGUGUCGUUUCAAACUUGACUGCCCCAUAACAAACGCCAGUCAUGUAUCAAUCAUAUCUAGUGUAUUUUUUAUUCAUAUUUAAUAUUGGUUUAUUACUUUUCUAACUCACGUUUAAACUUACUUCUAGCCGGGAAUGACUAGUUAUAGACAUUUAUUUAUUGUUGGGGUGAAGUUCUAAGGACACUGCCAACAUGUAUCUUUCUUCUGUGGUGAAGAAGACUGUAGGCCGGAUGUUGGUAUCAUACGUUGCGUUUUAUUCCUUGUAAUACAAAUGUAGAAAUAGCUGUAUUUUCUGUGUAACUGUUCCUAUAGUCUCUAUAAUAUACACCAUUUCUCUUGACUAUAGAGUGGAGUUAACUAGUAAAUCAAAUGUGAUUAUUAAUAGUUUUUCUGCUCUCGUAGAUAUUAGUGGUGGUGGCAUUAAUUUGUUAAACCUGCCCAUUGAAAAGUGUUUAAGAAAAACAGAAAAUAAAGUUAACGCGAAGUACGACAUAUACCAACGCAAGUUCCUAUACCAACCAACUUCUUAUACCCACAACUGUGGUAUUUGUCCUGCGCAGACGAAAGGCAGAUUCAAACACGAAAUUGAUCCUCCAAAAUAUACAAAUAUGAUUCGGGAUCAAAAUCGUACUGCAAAGAUGAAUAAUUAACCGGCUGGGAGUCGUGCACUAAUGAAUGAACGUAACACGACGGCAUGCCAGAUGGCGUGGGUGCACUUACUGUAAGUCUUCAGCUAAACGGGUCGACUUAAACAUUGGAGGUCAGCAUUGAGUAUUGAGUAACGAAUGCUGUAGACUAAUAAUUUCGGGACUUAUUUGUAGUUAAAUUGUUAACAUUACGAAGAUAGCAAAGUGACUUAUAUGAUGUAGGUUAACGCGAGUGAUCAUGAAAACCUCUUUUGCUGAUGCAAUUGUGUGUGUGUGCGAAAAUUACCUCCCAGUCACUCAACGUAUUGGUGUUGAAUACCUCGUACAGUAACCACAGAGUCAUGGGGACAGUUUGAAUUGUCCUGUGGAAUUGAAGCCUUACUGAGAUCUUAUCUAUAGCUGUAGGCUACCAUAACCUACGUCUGUGCGUACAACUUUCUGCGUCCAGCAUUUCUUAUGUCCCUUUUACAGAGCAGAAAGGUAGCAUAACAGAUUGACUGUUCGUCUGGGCAUAGCACCUGUGUUAGCCAGUAGUACAACCUCACCCACAGAAUGCCUAAACUUGGUGUAAACCACUUAUGAUACCUUCAGUGUGACCUCUCUUCAGACGACCUUUCUGGCACGUUACGACCUGCAAGGAACAUUUGUUCCAGCCAGAGUAGCUUGUGGGCUCAUUGAGAUAUGCAAGUUGGCCCACCACUUGUCACGAUAGUAACUAUCGGUCGAGAAUAAACUGAUUAAAUCUGUUAAAUGCUUUGAACAAUUCCAGUAACACAUUGUGUACAAGAUAUCCUGUCAGAAAAGCUUGGCCCACCUGUUUUAUCUUGUCAGCAAGUAUUUGAUAAAUGGUGAAACGUUUUGAGGUGCUGAUCAAACCGCUGAUCAGUCAUCACAUAACCUAUAUGAUAAAGAUGGUCUGGAUAUGUGCAUUACAUGUGUUGAAUCAUUACCUAAUCCCAAAGGCUAUUUGAGAUGGUGACUGGCUGGUUGAGUGAGGCUUCGACGUAGAAAUAUUAGUCACAGGGUGGCUGUCUGGCGUACCAAGGAUGCUACAGUACAUCGACGUUUUCAGGUUCUACUAUGCGCUAACUCUGUACACGGUCUACGAUGAAACUCGUUGUAUUAAGAAGCACGAACGGAAACUUGAAAAACGUGAAUUGUUAAUGAAAUCGAAUUUUAAAAGGCGCGAGGUAAACGAAAAAAGUGCGUAACCGCGUAAAAUGUAUGCAUGACAAACGAGAAGCAAUAUACAAUAAUACAAUGAUAAAUAUUCAACAAGCAUAGGUAAAAUUAGUUUCUGUUAGCGUAUAGCAUGCGUACAUGAAUUCGUUUUGAGUGUACAUUCAGGCUUAAUAUAGGGGUGCUACAACAGUACCAGUUCCAAUCGCUACAUUUUAUAAGCCCUCAAAGGUAGAGAAAAAGCAGGACAUCUUAGGUAUUAUAAUGAAACGAAAUCUAUGGAAACAGGGAUAAAUAGUUGGAGAAUAAUAACAAAAUUAAUUCUUCUAGGAGUUCUUAAACUGUGAAUGCGACUGCUAUCUUGAGCAGUAUAACCAGCAGUCUUCAGUUUUUGAUCCCCUACGUCUAGAGGACCUUAGCUUGUCAAUCUAUUCUUUUCUGCUUGUAUCUAAUUAAAAGUAAAAUACUUUAUGAAUCGCUCCCAUGUUUGGAUUUGACCAGUCUCAAAUCUCCUUUCCUUUACCAGCUAACUUCGCUCGAUGAAGGUGGUGGUGAUAUUAUUGAGUUGUUGAGUCAUAGAAAGUAAUUUACUAUGUAACGACAGAAGGUGGUUUAAUAAGGUGCUCUUUUUACACCAUGUUGACGUUAAUCUAUAAGGAAUAUCAGAAUGUAAAAUCGCAAAGGAAAGCUCAAUUAGAAAGUAAGAAGCAAGUCAUGCUGACAUCAAUCAACCAAGUUUCAAAUGAAUUAUUGGCUAAAAUUGAUGAAAAUGUUUCAAAGGUAAUGAAAGUGUUUGUUUUUACUUUAACACUUCAUUAUCCUAUGAGUCAGAAAACAACUGAGAUUGCUGAACAAAGGCUAAUCUUUUCGAUAAUUUCAUUUUCCCCUUCGUCGGGUUCUGCAGUUAUCUAUCUAUAAUAAUUGAAGAAAUGUUGUUACUAACGAUAUUGAUGUUCUACCUAAAUAGACUCGAUUGAACCAUUAAGUGAAGUUAGAUUACAGUUCAAAAGUAUCUCUGAGUAAUGUUUUCCACUUCAGGCCAAAGUGUCAAUAAUGGCUCGACCUAUUACUUUCACACACAGAAUUCUGGCUAUUUUAGGCGAGUUGCUUUUGCCUCUGUUUUUCCGCAUAUUCGGCAACUGGAAGGUUUCGGAAAUUUGUUUGGUACCCGA